AGGAAUUACGGGAAUUCUCGUGGACCAUGGCCAUCGCCACGAAGAAGGGACUCGCGCGCAACCGCGUGAUGUUACGUCGCCUCCUCGUUGUUGUUUUUUCGUUGGUCCUGUGCGAGCUGAACGGUGUCCAAGCAGUGCGCGGAUUUAGGCACAACUUCAAGCACGCUCAAGGAAAACCGUACAACCUGAGCAAGAGUUCAAAAAACAGUGGCCUCUUUCCGUCCACGUUUAACGUCGCCACAAAGGCAGAUAUUUACGUGAAUGCGACAUGCGGUGAGGAAGGCCCGGAGACAUUUUGCAAGCCCUCGGAAUCGUCGAGAUGUGCCGUCUGCGAUUUCAGGAGUCCGGAUCUCGGCAAGAGACACAACAUCAGCAACGUCCUCGACUCGAGUCCCGGCAGAUGGUGGCAGAGCCCGACGUUAGCUAGAGGCGAUCACUAUGAACACGUGACGAUCAGCUUGGAUCUCAAGCAGGUCUAUCAAGUGGAGUACGUGAUAGUGAAGGCCGCGAACUCGCCGAGACCCGCGGCCUGGAUCCUGGAAAAGUCCUUGGACGGCAAGAUCUACCAGCCAUGGCAGUAUUACGCUCCGAGUGAUGAUGAAUGCUGGACGAGAUAUUCGGUACCGCCCGUCGCGGGUAAACCCGUUUACAUCAGCGACAACGAUGUCAUAUGCACCAGUCAGUACUCGAGACAAACCCCCAUGGAGAACGGCGAAAUCCACACGCACCUGGUGAACGGUCGGCCCGGGGCCCUGAACCACAGCACGACUCUGCAGGAAUUCACCCAGGCCAGAUACGUACAGCUCCGUCUUCAGGGUCUUCGGCGUGGCGGCGAGGCUUUCGCCGACAAGAGACGUGCCUUUUAUUCGAUAAAGGAAAUUAACAUCGGGGGACGGUGCUUGUGCUCGGGACACGCGGCUCGAUGUCGACACAGCGUUCACCACGGGCAUCAGGAAUGCGAGUGCGAGCGCCACACGUGCGGCGAAAGAUGCGAAAAAUGCUGCCCCAUGUACAAUCAGAUUCCAUGGAAGCCUGGCACAGCUGGCAAGGGCUUUCACUGCGAGAAGUGCAACUGCAACGGGCAUGCAACGUCUUGCAUAUACGACCAGGAAGUGGCCGAGAAGAGAAUGUCCAUGGAUAUCCGUGGGAAAUAUCGAGGCGGUGGCGUAUGCGUCAAUUGCACGGAGCACACGACCGGUAUUAACUGCGAGAAAUGCGAGGUCGGCUACUACAGGCCCAAUGGUGUCACGCCCGAUUCACCGGAACCAUGUCUUCCCUGCAACUGCAACGUACAUGGGAGUACGGGCUACUGCACGCCCGACGAUUCCUUCACGCGUAUGGGAAAGGUAGCAGGUGCCUGUGAGUGCAAGCCGGGAUACUCGGGAUACAAGUGCGACCAGUGUGCCGCCGGUUACCGGCAAUUUCCCGAUUGCAUGCCGUGUCCUUGCGAUUCCCGCGGGAUUCUGCCGUCUCACGACUGCGAGGGAGAUUGCUUGUGCAAAGCGAACGUCAUCGGGGACUUCUGCAACCGGUGCAAGCCGGGAUACUUUGCGCUCACGAAGGAUAAUCUCGACGGGUGCUUGCCCUGCUAUUGCUUUGAUACCACGGAUCGCUGCACCAGUGCAAGAUUGUCGUACAGCAUGAUUUCUACGCUGGAGAACUGGUUGGUGACCGACAUGAACGCGUCUCGAGCAGUCGCUCCCACCUUGGACGUGGACAACGGAUGGUUAACCGUGGCGGCGUUCGAGGUCGAGUACGACAGCCCUUUCUGGCUGGCGCCACAGAUCUACACGGGGAAUCGCGUAUCCUCGUACGGCAGCAACCUCACGUACUCCGUUACGUGGGUCGUCAUGCGAGGCGACACUAGUGGUAAACCGACCACGGAGCCCAACAUCAUCCUCGUUGGUAACAAUGGGAUGCGCAUAGCGUACGGCGAGGAGCAAUACAGUGGUCAAGAAGCUGAGAUCACGGUGCCCCUGCGAGAACACGGCUGGUAUCAUGUACGAGGUGACAUUCAAGACAUCCCGACGAGAUUGAGGAGAACCGAGUUUCGCGGCGAUCCUGUAACGCGGACGCAAAUGAUGCGCGUCCUCGCCGAUCUCAAGUAUCUGAUGAUAAGGGCGCAAUAUCAUUCGGAGCAAAUAGAAGGAAGUCUUCAAUCCGCUAUUCUGGUGGUAGGCGAGAUAUCGCCGGAUGGCGAAACCGAUGGUCUAGUCGAAAUGUGCGAGUGUCCCGAGGGAUACACAGGAUUAUCCUGCGAGAAAUGCGCUUGGGGAUACGUGAAAGCAACUACCAAUGGUUCGGAUCAUCAGGACCAUCACGUGUGCGUGAAAUGCGACUGCAACGGCCACGCGGGCUCUUGCGAUCUCCUGAUGGGUGAAUGUACGAUAUGCGAACAUCACACGGUAGGUCCAAAAUGCGACCGUUGCGCUGCAGGAUAUUACGGUAUCGCAACGAGGGGUACGAAGGAAGACUGUAAAAAAUGCGCUUGUCCACUUUCUAUCGAUUCCAACAAUUUUAGCCCGAGUUGCCAGCUUGACGAUCCCACCGACAUUAAUAGCGAAUACAUAUGCACGCAAUGUCCCGAGGGUUACACCGGCGAUCAUUGCGAGAGUUGUGAUACAGGCUUCUAUGGUAAUCCUCUGGUACCCGGUGGCACUUGCCAGCGAUGCCCUUGCAACGGUGGCGCCUGCGAUCAGGAGACGGGUCGCUGUUUGGAGUGCCGCGGCAAUACCGAAGGCUGGAAAUGCGACCGAUGCAAGGAAGCGCACUUUGGAAAUCCUCUAGAACAGGAUUGCAUGCCAUGCAACUGCUCUCCUCACGGCAGCAAUUCGGUCCAUUGCGAUCAAACGACCGGUCAGUGUCCCUGCGGGGCUUUGUUUACCGGUCGUGACUGUUCCUCCUGCAUCGAGGGCUACGGAAACGUGACCGCGGGUUGCCGGGAAUGCGACUGCGACGUGGGUGCCCUCGACGGACUCUGCGAUCCUGUAAGCGGCUUGUGCAGGUGCACACCGGGUGUCGUCGGCUUCCGUUGCGACCGCUGCGACGUGGAGCACUACGGCUUGUCGGCGGACGGCUGCAAAGGAUGUGGCUGCAGUAACAUAGGUUCCGCGAGCUCCGCCUGCGACAUCGUGUCCGGACAAUGUCAGUGCAAACCGCAGGUUGUUGGCAGACAAUGCAACGAAUGCAAGAGCGGUUAUUGGGGACUGGCAGCGGGAACUGGCUGCACGGCCUGCGGCUGCGAUCCUAUAGGAUCCUUCAACGAGUCCUGUAACAGCAACACGGGACAAUGCUACUGCAAGCCGGGUGUGGGUGGUUCACUCUGUGACACUUGCCUGUCCGGCUACUACGGGUUUUCAACGAACGGCUGCCAACUAUGCGACUCAUGCGUGCGACCCGGUCACGUGUGCGACCCCGACACCGGUCGCUGCGUGUGUCCCCGCCUGACCUACGGCGAGCACUGUGACCGAUGUAGACCCGGUGCGUGGGACCUGAUACCACAAAUAGGCUGCAGACCAUGUGCUUGCACCCUGGGCGCCACACGACCCCAUUGCGAUCAUCAGGGUCAGUGCCCCUGCAGAAUCGGCUACGACGGCCUCAGGUGCGAGAAGUGUGCCCGGGGUUACUACGGUUAUCCGAGGUGUCGACCUUGUGGCUGCAGCUCGGCCGGCACGAUCCAGUGCCAGGACGGUGUCUGCGAGUGUGAUGAGACGGGACAGUGCCCCUGCAAAGAACUGGUCGUCGGACGACAGUGCAAUCAAUGCAAAGAAGGCACGUUCGGCCUUGCAGCGGACAACGCCAGAGGAUGCACCGAGUGUUUCUGCUUCGGAAGGAGCACACUGUGCCAGCAGGCUGGACUCAGUUGGGGUCAGCGGAGGCUAACACGCCCACGGGUCCUCUAUAUCAACGAAACAGCCAGCGACGUGAUAAUAAUGAACUUUGGCUCCACGACUAUGCUGCCGGCGGUGAACGGUGGCUUGAACGUGACGAAUGGCCUCUCCGUAAUCCCUGAUUCCGAUGGUGAUGUUACGCUGCCCUCGAAUCUUUAUUACAACUAUCCUUUAUAUUGGAGCUUGCCGGAUUCCUUUCUAGGCGACAAGGUCGUCUCUUACGGAGGAUUCCUACGCUUUAAAACCUCGACGGAAGGAGGAAUACCUCUGAGAUCAAACCUCCGGUAUCCAAUAGUGCAAUUGCAAGGAAAUAACAAGAUCGUCUUGGAAUAUUAUCUGCAUGCACCGGUGAACAAUAAUCGUUACGAAGUCAGAUUUCACGAAUCGCUGUGGCAAUUGCAAACCCGACCAGACUACAAGGUCUCCCGGGAGGUGCUGAUGGUGGCGUUGCAAAACCUGCAGUACAUCCUCGUGAAGGCCUCGGACAACGCCGAAUUCACGACAACCACGCUGCUGGAGGCGUCUCUCGACGCCGCCAUCCUGAUGCCCACGCACUUGCCAUCGCUGGCGACCGGAGUGGAGAUCUGUAAGUGCCCGCCCGAGUACAACGGCACGUCCUGCCAGGAUCCCAGCAUCGGCUACUACAGGUGGUACAAGAACACCACCGCCACGUCCACCAUCGUGAUCGACCUCGUCGGGCAGGCCAGGCGCUGCCAAUGCAACGGCAGAUCCGACGUCUGCGAAAGGGAGACGGGACACUGCUUAAACUGCGGAGAAAACACGAUAGGCAGAUUCUGCAACGUCUGCGCGGACAGUUUCUUCGGUCAUCCGGAAUUCGGAGGCUGUAAGCCAUGUCCGUGCCCGCAGGUGGACAAGAGAUUCUCGAGCACUUGCGUGAUCCGUGCGGCCAAUGAACCCAUUUGUCACUGUAAACCAGGUUACAUCGGCAGAAAAUGCGAGCGAUGUGCCUAUGGCUAUUACGGCUCGCCUGAUCUUCCGGGCGGCAAGUGCGUUCCGUGCAAUUGCAACUUGGCAGGAAGUUUAAGCGACGCCUGCGAUAGUGAGACGGGACAAUGUAAAUGCCGGUCUGGUUCUACGGGCAGGGAUUGCUCCCAAUGCACGGCGUACCGGCACGUCUUCAUAAACGACGUCUGCACUUCAUGCGACAACAAUUGUACGGGUAUUCUGCUGGAUACCAUCGCGGUAAUGUCCGAUGAACUCGCCGCGGGAACGAGUCACAUAGCAGGUGGAUAUAUUCCACCCCCAUGGCAAGAAUUAACAUAUAUCGAUUCUAAUGUGACCAUGUAUCUCGAGGAAUUGGAACUUCGAAAUCGUCUGCGGGAAAGAAUGAAGAACGUGCCGUGGAAGGAAUAUAGCAAGCUUGUGGAAGACGUCGAGGUCAUGUUAAGAAAUAUGAACAAGCUUGCGAAACACGCCGAUACGUUGCAGACCGAGAGCGGCGACUUGAGGAACAACAUUUUCACUGCGAAACUCGAGCUCGAUAAACUGAAAAAAGAUAUUGAAGAUACGACUUCACAACUCCAUCAGUACAGCAACGAUAACCGAAGGAUCGGGAUUAAGAAGGCCUUGAAGACGGGAAAGAUGAUCUUGAAUCAGUUGAAGUCUGUCGAUAUAGCAAAGCGAACCAUGAAAGUGGAAAACUUUCUUGAUGAUGUUGCCGAAUAUGUGGCGUGGCUAAACUCCCUUUACGACGCAAGCGAGCCGUUAGCAGCCAUCAGGGACGAUGUAGAGGACUACAUUGCAAAGUUGAACGAUAUGCGAACAGUCAUAAAAGACACCAUGGAGACGCUGUUCAGUUACGAUGGCUUGUACAAUCGUAUCAAUGAAACCCACAUUGACAUCAAGAACCAGUUCACUCGUAUUCGGGCGCUGCACGACAAGACAAACCAAUCGAUCGCUGAAGGGGAGGAAUUUAUCGAUAAGGCUCGCGGCAUGCUCCUCGAUGCGGAGAACAAUAUACAGGACCUGCCCGACUCUCGGAACAAACUCGCCUCUUGGACGGAAAAGCUUAGUAUGAAGGAGGAGCUCCUGUAUCGAUUGAAUUAUGAGUACGACAAAAAGUAUGUGGUGCCGGCGGUUCAGCAUGCAAAGAAUCUGUCCAGCUAUGUAGAUCAGUACGUCAGCCUGUUCGCCGAGACGCGGGACAUCGCGGCCAGUCCUCUGAAGGCCAGCCAAGCCUACAAAAACAUCGUCGACCAUCUGCAAGCAGCGAAGACUACCGCGUUGGAAGCCAAGGAGAUUACCGAGGGAGUGUGCGAGAAGGCUUGUCCCUCCUCGGGACAAAAAUCGCUGUUGGACGAUGCCAAGGAGGUAUUGGCCAAGUCCUCGCAACAGUGGCAAACGUCGAAAGAGCAUGAUGAACUAGUCAUGAACGCAAGGGCUGAGCUGGAGGCUCAGAAGCAAGCCGUGCUCACGCUUAAAGACACGUUAAACAGCACUGGAAUAAAAGAUAACGAGAUAAACGUGAAGCUGCGAGAACUGCAGAGCAACAGUAGAAAGCUGCACGAAGAUUUGCAGACUAUCUUGGAGGAAAAUGACGUGGUGGCGGAAUCGGUAAAGAACACGCAACGGCUAAUUGAUGAUUACAAGCAAGGAAUUGCCGAAAGGCUGAGGCCGAAAUUGUACGAAUUGCAGCAUGAGGGCGACUCGAAGAUCAGCCUGGCCACUGAAAAACUGUCGGAAGCUCUGAGCAAUAUCAAAAAAGCUGACGCAAAGUUAACAAGCCUAUCGAACGUCGCGAUGAAGCGAAAAGCUGUCUUCGACAAGUGGAACGACACGUUGGCUUCGAAGUUGCAAAAUCUCAAAGAUAAGAUCGCGGAGGCCCGAAACACCGCUGACGGGAUUCGCGUUUCACUGAUGUCAACGGAGGGUAAGGAAUGCAUUCGUUCAUACAGACCGGCAACUUUGCACUCUUCAACGACGACUUCAAUCGUGAUGACAUUCGCGCUCCCGACUGCACGCAAGGAGGGUUCUCUGUUUUACUUGCCCAGCGGAGUUAAUGACGAUUUCGUCGCUCUGGAGAUAGUUGACAGAAAAGUGCGAUUCCUGUGGAACGUCGGCGGUGGUACCAGCGUCCUGACGCACCCUGAGGUUCUCGAGAGCGGCGAUUUGCAGAACGACAAGUUCUGGUAUCGGGUCGAGGCUGAAAGAAUUCGACACACGGGCAAGCUGAGCGUGCGAAAGCAGUCCUCGACAUCCGGACAAUAUCUCCCUGUCAUUAAUUCGACUAACUCCGAGUACGGUCGUUUCGACGUUCUGCCUACAGACCGAGUGUGGAUAGGUGGUAUCCCUAAGUCGCAAAGAAGGCCGACGGAACUGUUGGCCGCCAAUGGUCUGCCUGGUUGUGUUCAUCAGGUGAUCCUCGACGGAAGGCAGAUCGGCCUUUGGAAUUUUGUCACGACUGCACCGGAUAUGGCUUGCAAAGCUUGCGUGGAAGGAGUGGAAGACGCCAGAGAUGAUAUAGCUUACAGUUUUAACGGCGAGGGUUACGCGGUGAGAAACAGAGUCUCGUCUGGCCCGUACAAUAAAUACAUGUUCGGAGUCUCAAUCAAUUUCCGCACAUACGACGAGAACGCCUUGCUAUUCCUGGCUAUUAAUAAAGAUAACAAUCAACACAUCAUGAUCUUCCUGCGGGAAGGCAGAGUGAUCCUCCACGUCGGCUACGGCGGAAACGUCAGUUUGAAGAUGUCCUCGACUUACAAGUACAACACUGGCAACUGGACGAAGGUAGAUGCGUCCCGGCAGUAUCAGGUUCGCAAGAAUAUCGAGAAGUGCAGCCUGAGCAUCGGCGGCACCAACGACAAACGGCUCGGCGCACCCGCGGUGCAGCCGAAGAAAGAGGAUAUACCAGAUCUGGCGCAGGCCAAGUACUACAUCGGCGGAUUGCCGCCAAGCUUCCGUGCCGAGAAGCUAAUGCUACCACCGCAGGUCUCAUUUCUUGGAUGCAUGGCCAACAUUAUAGUGCAGGAAGGCUACGACCCGAUGGCCGAGCAGUAUUACGGAGUGGAACCCAGUUGCAGUAAUAAGCCAUUAAAGAUAGUCGGAUUUUACGGAGAUGGAUACCUGGAGCAUUCCGCCUUCACAUUGCGAAAGACUUAUUCGGUUCUGAGUUUCUCCUUCAGGACUAUGCAGGAAGCGGCUCUGCUGUUUCUCUCCACUUUCGAGGGUCACGAGGAUCGAUUGAGUCGUGAGCGUAAUGGGAAGCAGGAAGAGAAUGCUGAUAACUAUUACUCCAUGUGCAUCGUCAACGGCCAGGUGCAAGUACGUUUGAACGCCGGCAAGGGCGAGCUGGUUCUACAAUCGAACAACACCUUUAAUGAUGGCAGAUAUCACUCAGUCACUCUGCUCAAGAAAAGAAAAGUAGUGGAACUGAGAAUCGACGAUGCGUAUCAGACGACAGGAAAAUUGCCCACCGGUGCCGCGAUCAAAGCGCCCGUUUCAAGCGGAGGCCUGUUCUUCGGAGGACUGCCGGCUCUCAUCAACAACACCAAGAUGAUCGCCACCAACACGCCACUGUACGGUGCCAUCAAGGAUGCAAUUUUCAACGAUGAAAUCCUGCAUUUUGACGAUGCUGUUAACUUCGAUCAUGCUUUGAUUGGUCGUCCCGGGCCAAACAUGAGGAAGGACACGCCGAGUUAUGCACCCUCGGCAUCGCUGUCCCGAGGCAUGUCCACGCAACCCGAAGGCUGUCAAAAAGUGCCUUACUACUCACUGGAACCGGGUGCUCUGAAAUUCGGCGACAAGCCGCACAGUCACACGCAGCUCUAUCUUAACUUCAAGAAAUUUUGGGAGAAAAAGUACUCGAUUGAAUUCGACUUUAGAACAUACUACCCCAAUGGCUUGCUCUUCAUCACUCCGGGUUUGAGACUGAAGCACUAUCUGAUGGUGGUCAUCCGCGACGGGCAGCUUCUUCUCUUAGUAAAGAGCAAGCAAAGGAAAGAGAUAGUGUUUAAGACUCCGUUCAAUGAUGGCAAUUGGCAUCACGUUGUUAUCAGCCACGAGGAGAGAAAGCUCACUCUGCUAGUGGACACUCAAACGCCACGCUCCCUCAAAGUACCGAAGAGGAUCGGUCUGGCGUCGAUGAUGUACAUCGGUGGCCUCCCGGAGAGCGGAACGCCCAUUCCGGAGCAAGUAGUCGUUAAACUGGAGACUCUGAAGGGAUGCAUCAGAGGUCUGAAGGUAAACGGCAACGUGUACGACAUGGUGGGCUCCACCAGCAGAGCCUUCAACGUCGGCCAGUGCUUCCCAAGCGUCGAAAGCGGAGCAUACUUCCAAGACGAAGCGUACGCUAUCUAUCAAAAUAACUUCGAGCUGGGUGCCGUGCUCGAGCUCCAACUGGAGUUCCGAACGUCGGAGCUGUCGGGUGUUCUGCUAUCGAUUAGCGCGCCGAGUGGUUCACCCUCCCUGUCGCUGGAGCUCAACAACGGCAAGGUGAUCAUGUCGGGCGACCUGGGCGACAACAAUCCGUUGUACGUGGAACAACGAUUCGCCAGUCCAUACGAAAUCUGCGACAAUCGAUGGCACAGGAUCCAAGCCAUGUACAACGACGAGCAGCUGGCACUCAAGGUAGACGAGCUGGAUCAGAAGUAUGGUCUGCCCAUAAAUGUCAAUUAUCACUUCAUGGGCUCCGCUGCGUCCGGGCCGUUGUACAUAGGCGGUAUACCAGCGUCCGCUCAGAAGGGCUCGCUUCUAACGCGGGACCACUUCAACGGGUGCAUCAGGAACGUGAUGAUCGGCGGCGAGAGGAGAGACUGGACAGACAUGGCAGAGCUGCACAAUAUCCACCUAAGUUCCUGCCCUGUUCAAUGACAGCGGAUGCGGCUUCUCGAAUCCUCCCUCGAAGAUUCUUAGUUCCAAAGACUGCUCGGGGAGUCGUGUUGGAUUCGCGAUCGCAUUGGAGAUUAAUGUGCCAUAUUUCGCAGACGAAGAGUCUCCUUAAGACUUAACGAAAGCCAAAAGAUGCUAAGCCGUAGGCCGUUUCGCUAUGCCAAAUGUCGUAAUUCGAUGAGGAAGGAGAGGAUAAAGGGAUCGUGUAGUGUCGGGCGACAGGCGAAAGCGAUGGUACGAGGAUAUUUCGCGUAACGCACACGUACAACUCGCGAUAACGUUUACGCAAGUAAGUAGCGAGACCACUGCCAUAUAGUUUAAUUGCUCGACGUAACUCGUAGACAAUUUGUACAUCAGUAUUUAAAACGGAAUCAUUAUUUAUUAUCGUUAACGUGGGUCCGAUGAUCUCGUGAACGUCACGUCGACGAGACGGCGAACGGAGUAGAGCGCGAUUACGUUUUGUACUUUUAUAGCGGUAGCGUAAGAUUCCCCUCGUGGAGCACGUGGAUGCGUAUGUACAUUAUAUAUAUCGACUUAAUUCGCGACAGGUUUUAAGAUAAGCGUGUGCCCUGUAAAAAAGGAGACGCCUCUUGAUUAUGCACAUGCAGCAACACCUUCGGAAAGUAUUUUUAAUGUUUAUGUCUAAUAUUCUCGCAAUACUUCUUUUUCUUUUCUUACUCCUUGUUCUUUUUAUUUCUUGAAUUGUAAUAUAUUUUAUAUAUGUGCGAAGGAGGCAGGAAAUUAACAAAUGUGUUCCCUGUCAUGUAUAAAAUAUAAAUGUAAUAAGGGAAAAC